CUUUCUCAACAUUAGUAAUAUGGUUUCUUGCAGCACACGCGUGUCAAACAAAUUGGGAGCUGGGAUUCCUCAAGUUGCUAGGGUUUCAGUAUUUGCAGGGCUUUGUCUCUGGCUAGUAGAGUCAGCUUUAUUUACCACACUUCUCUUUACCUUCCGGAACAUCAUAGGCUACACAUUCAGCAACAGCAAAGAAGUUGUGGACUAUGUGGCUGAACUAUCUCCUUUGCUCUGUCUUUCCUUCAUCCUCGAUAGCUUCACUGCCGUUCUCAAUGGGGUUGCUAGGGGAAGUGGCUGGCAACACAUUGGAGCUUUGAACAACGUGGUAGCUUAUUACCUCGUAGGAGCUCCGGUUGGAAUUUACUUAGCUUUCAGUCGUGAGUUAAACGGAAAAGGACUUUGGUGUGGUGUUGUGGUAGGAUCCGCUGUGCAAGCCAUUAUACUGACUAUCGUCACAGCUUCCAUAAACUGGAAGGAACAGGCUGAGAAGGCUAGAAAGAGAAUAGUCUCAGCUGAAAAUGGAUUGGCUUAAACGAAGGGUGAUUCUAGCUCAUAGCCCUCUAAACUGUUUUGUAUGCACCAAAUACAUAUGUAUAUUUUUGUAGGCCAUAUUAUAUGCAUAUGGGUAGGGUAUGUUAAAAUGUUGUAACUACAUAUUGCAAAAGACGGUCAUGUCAUGUGUUUCCUAAUUCAUUUUGAGAUAGAUGAACUAAGACAAGAGACAAAUGUGGAAAAGAAGAUAAUUUUAUUUUGAA